GAUUUUUAAAAUAUUUUUUGAUAGUGUACCCAUUUUUAGUUCAUUCAGUACAUUGGGGAGGAAUUUAGUAAUCAAGACCAAGUUCUCUGCAAGCCUAAAUUUAAAGCUCAAAGUGAGAGUGUGCAGUUGUUAAACGAGUUUAUUUGGCGGAAUUUUAUUUUCAUUAUACAAACCAUAGUAAAAUGUUAAGCAUUUGAGGAGAUUGUGGUUUUCAUCCAGACAACUUAAGAGUGGUGGGGGAACGAAAAAGAUGGGGAUUGUGCUCAUUAAAAAGGAACAUCCGUUAAAGUGAAGUUUAAAAAAACGUGGCUGUGGACAAGAUGACUAAUUGGUUCAAGCCAUCAGCGUUUGACACUGUCAUGCAGAGGGAGAUUCGCGGUUGUACCCUAGAAAGGGGCGCGAAAAAAGGAUGAUAAUACGAGGGGAGGGGAGGUGGGUUUGGGAGCAUGAAAGAACCUGGAUGGGGAUAGGUUUGGGGAGCGGCAGUGACGGAACGCGCUGGGAGGUGGAAGGUCGCGCCAAGCCUCAAGCGGGGACAGACGCUGGUGGCCCUGAACCAGGGCGCGGGGAAGGAGGACGGGCUUCGAGGGGAGGCGGCAUCCGGGCAACAAUGUCCGAUGCAAGCCGAGCGGCCCGGCGGAGCGCAGUUUUCUUCUUUUGCCAAAGGUGCGCUGGGCAUCUGCCCCAGGUUCCAGGUCCUCGGUCCCCAGUCUCCCACGGCAGAGAAGCCUCUGCGACCAACACAGAAACAAAAACCAAGAAAUGCCUCAUUCCACAAACAAAGAACUGAUACUUGGCAUUAUGGUGGGAACUACGGGAAUCAGCUUACUGCUUUUGUGGUACCACAAGGUUCGUAAACCAAGGAUAGCAGUGAAUUUACCUAAAUUUCUUUCUCUGGGAAAUACAUUCGAUUCGAUGACUUUGCAAAAUGAAACAUACAAUGGCCAAGGAACAGCAGCAAUCUUUCAAGGAAGGCAACUUCAGAUAUUGGAGAAGUUAAAUGAAUUACUGAUGACUAUGGAAGAACUCAAAGAAGAAAUCAGAGUUCUUAAAGAAGCCAUUCCAAAACUGGAGGAAUAUAUACAUGGUGAACUUGGAGGGAAGACAACUGCUCAUAAGAUGAGUCCUCAGCACAGAGCUAGAAAAAGAAAGCUGGCCACAGUUCGAAGUUCAAGAACAAGUAAUAGUUCAGAGGAAGCGGAAAGUGAAGGAGGGUAUAUUACAGCUAAUACUGAUACAGAAGAACAGAGUUUUCCAGUCCCUCAAGCACUUAACACACAUGUAGAGGAAUUAAAUUUAGAUGUCCUUCUGCUGAAGGCAGAUAAUUUACGUUUGAACGAGUCUAGCAAGAUGGAGAGUUUUGAACUACUUUGUGACCACAAAGAAAAGUUUAGAGAUGAAAUCGAAUUUAUUUGGAGAUUUGUUCGUGCUUAUGGAGACAUGUGUGAGCUAUCUACAAAUACACAAGAAAAGAAACAUUAUGCUAAUAUUGGGAAGACAUUAGGUGAAAAAGCUAUUACUAGAGCACCCAUGAAUGGACGCUGUCAUCUGUGGUACGCAGUUUUGUGUGGCUAUGUAGCUGAGUUUGAGGGCUUACAAAACAAAAUCAACUAUGGAUAUCGCUUCAAGGAACAUCUAGAUAAAGCAAUCCAAUUUUUACCUGAAGAACCCUAUUUGUAUUACCUCAAGGGAAGAUACUGUUAUACUGUCUCGAAACUGAGCUGGAUUGAGAAAAAAAUGUCUGCUACUCUAUUUGGAAAAAUACCAUCCUCAACUAUACAAGAAGCUUUGAAACAUUUCCUUAAGGUUGAAGAACUACACCCUGGUUUUUCUAAGUCCAAUUACAUGUUCCUGGCCAAGUGUUAUAGAGAUCUUGAACAGGUAGAUAAUGCCACGAAGUUCUGUAAUUUGGCAGUGUUGCUUCCUUGCAUUACCAAAGAGGAUAAAGAUGCACAGAAAGAGGUGACAAAAAUAAGCACUUCUUUGAAGAGGUAAAUAAAAGAACUUACUCUUCAACAAAUCACAGAUGUGGUCUCCUCAAAUUUAAACUAAUCAAAGUUGUGUUAUUUUAUUAUCCUUUUUUCUUUUUUGAUGUAAGAGUAAUGUGCUCAGAUAUGAAGGUAAAACCACGUUUCUGCAGACUGUAUGCACUAGUAGCACUACAAAACAAAUCAUGUUAUUUGGAAAAAUCUAUUUCCUAUAAUGCCAGUACAAAAUAUCUUUCUUCGAACACGUAUGCUUUAUAUUUUUCCUAUCAAUAAACUAUAGUCUUCAGACUAUUUCUUUAAAUAUUUCUUUAAGUAAAAUAUUUAAAUCAAGCCAAUAAAAUGAACUCUAGUGUGUGUUUUAUUGUUGCUCUCAGUGGAGAUUUUACAAAACAAAAUAACUUCAUUAAUAUGGAUGAAAAUGGAAAAAAAAUGGUCAAAGGACAUGAACAAGUUGUUGGUAAAAGAGAAAAACAAAAGAGGAAAUAUACUGUAA